CGUACGGACGUAUCCGAACGUGCGAUUCGAAAUUUAAAAGCAAAAUGAUUUUUCGCGCGCUUUCCAUUCUUUUGUUAUUAUCAGUAGUAAAUGCGUAUUAUUUAAAUGAAGAGGAAUGUUUAAAUUAUACCGUGUAUCCAGUGCAAUAUGAACUAAAACUGUAUGUUAAUAAGGCACAUUAUGAUUGUCACAUUGUAAUAACGAUAAUAGCAACUGCUCCCGAUGUGAAUGUAAUCGAAUUAGAUGCAAACGAUUUAAUAAUCGACUUUAACUCUUUAAAAGUAUUAAAGGGAGAUGAAGAUAUUGUGAAUAAAUAUAGACCAUAUGAAUAUGAUAAAGUGCAUGAAAAAUUGUUUAUAUAUUUAAGGGAGCCAUUGAUACGAUAUUAUAAGGAGAAUGAACAAUAUUACAAUAUUAUAAUGACGUUUAGGAAGAAAUUUACAGAGGACUCCGAAGGUAUAUUUCUAGUGCCAUACACGGAUGCUUAUGGAAAAAUUAAAUACAUAGUGAACACAAGAUUGUCUCCCAAUAGGGCGAAAUAUUUCUUCCCCAGCUUCGCCAAUCCAAGAUUCGAAGCCGUGUUCAAAUUCAUUGUUCGUAUGAUGACCUCAUUAACAGUAGAGGAAUCUAUUAACAAAUCUUUGACGAUAUCAGAAGAGCAGAGAAAACAAGUUAUGCCCGAUCAAAGCAUCGUGACCUACUAUGUUCCUUCACCCCAAGUGAGAUUAAACGAAAUUGGCUUUCACAUUUCCGACUUUUCGAAUAUAAAAAAAAUAUCAAGAAACCACAAGGACACUCUGGUAGUGUGGGCACCGGCACACCAAUUGAACCACUAUCAAUGCGUACUCGAUUUUGGAGUGGAUGUGAUUAAUUUGAUCCACAAAUACGCAUCGGUGAAUCGUCCAUUAGUAAAUGGACCGAUCAAUAUAAUCGCAAUACCGUCGGACAGAAUCGACGGCUACGAAAUUGGAAGCUGGAAUCUUCUUACGAAUCGGGAAAGCCGAUUAGCUUGUAGAGAUGAAUACUCCAGUAUUAAGCAGAUAAAUCAAAUGAACUUUGAAUUAGCACAACAGCUAUGCAGGAUAUGGUUAGGGAAUCCUGGAGAAACUGAACGUACGCGAUGGAGAGAAGAAUGGUUUAAGGAAGGUGUAGCUACUUACUUGGCGUAUUAUUUUUUGGCACAGUAUAAUCACCAACAUAGACAUACAAUAUAUAGUCAAGAAUUGGCUAAGUAUGCACUCGAAAUGAAAAUCAAAGCCAUGGACUUAGAUUGGCCUCGGAGCACGCCUGCUCUAGCUACUUAUAACAACACUCUAGCAAUAGAAAUACCAUCGAGAUACAAGAAUCUGGUGACAAUGAAAACAGCCUCAAUACUAUGGAUGGUGGAAAAUUGGAUUGGAUCGGAGAAAUUUCAUCAGGCUUUAGUGAAAUAUAUCAAUUCAAAAAGGGGAAAAUUUAUAUCAUUGAAGGAUUUCAAUGAAAAAUUGGAUUUAGAAACAGUGGAAUGUGAACUUCAGUUUUUCAAUGGAUCCACAGCAUCAAGAGUUCUCUCCUCUUGGUUCCACCACUCAGGGUACCCCGUGGUAGACGUGCAAGUUUUAAGAGACAGCUCAGGUGAUAGAGUGCAAUUGAAUCAGAGAUAUUUUAGCUUCACUGACAGACGUCGUGAGUCAGAUUUUCUGAUUCCUAUCUCUUACACGGUACAACACAAUCAGAACUGUUAUAACUGCUAUCAACCACGAUUCACUAUUGGCCGGCAGACCUACAGUUUCCGAGAGAACUUGCUUGGUGGAUGGAUAAUACUUAAUAGGAAUUCUUCAGGAUACUAUCGAGUGAAUUACGAUGAAUUUACGUGGAAACUUAUUGCAAAGACUUUGAACGAGGAUCAUACUUCCAUUGACGAACUCACUAGAGCACAGUUAGUCAACGAUGCUUUUGCUUUGUACGUAUCAGGGGAUAUAAGUCAAGAAUUGGCUAUGGAAAUCCUCGACUAUCUGCAUAAAGAACGCAGCCCUACUGUGUGGCAAUCUGUGAUAGCAGGAUUUGAUCUGUUGAAGACCGAAAACUCGAGAUGUAAUAUGACUAAAAUGUUGUAUGAAGAGUGGAAGGAGUUUCUGCGAAAAAAAAUAGCACCAAUAUACAGCAUAAUGUCAGAUAACAUAGAACAAGAUGGCAACAGUCGUUUGUUCCGUAGCAACGUGGUAACGAUGGCGUGCGGGAUACAGUACGAGCCGUGCCGACAGCGUCUGCAAUAUACAUAUGAACAAUACAGGAGAAACGGAAUCAGAAUCGAUCCAGAUAUCCGUGAAGCCUGUUAUCGAAUGUUAAUUGAGAAUAACGGAUACUUUGGUGCUCAUCCCAUGACCGCUUUUGAGAAAGACGAUAAGGCCAUGGUGGAACAUAGAAUACACGAAGAGAAUAAGUUCUUCAUGAGGUUACCGAGAGGACAUCCGAGGCCAAUGCCAAUCCGAUCGACUACCAGUUCUACCACGUUACCUCCACCUAUUGUUGAGAAGCACACCGGAGCAUCAUCAUCAAUAUCACCUGCUUCAUUUACAACACUCACAGCUGUUUUAAUGAUAUUAAUGAUCAGAUAAAGUGCAUUAAUAGGUAUAGUAUUACAUUACUAAAUACUCGUUUUCAUAGUUACAUCAGUUCGUUCUAAAUUGUGUUUUUUUUAUAUCCAUAUUUGAGCGCGUUUGACCGCAAUCUCACAUAAUGUUAAGUGAAAAUGCGGUCUAAGCUGUUACACGCAAGCUCAGAUAGUGCCUUCCUCGUGACUUGAAAGACCCGAUGUUGUAAGAGGCAGGAGAGAUAGAGAGUUCUACUCUGAGAAUGGUUGGUUCGAGCAGCACGGAUGUCAACAGUGUAUGGAUGGAGCCACUCUCUACGUCUUGUUGUACGGUGAUGGAACGGUGUUGGACGAAUGAGAUUGUGGAAUUCUGAGCACAUUCACCUUUAGCAUAAGUAAAAGUGUAAUUAUACUAAAGGUU